GACCAAUGAGCGUUGGGCUUUAAUCCACCGUGCUAGUUUCGAGGCGCGCACCGAGCCGUUGAUCUAUUUCUACGUCUAUCCGGCUUCGCUAAACCGUUUAAUUACGUAUUUCAGCAGCGCUGUUUUUAUUGAACCACAAGCUUCGAUGUACAAUCAUCCCAAAAAAUAUUAUUUGGGGUAUAAAGGAUAGUAGUGUUUGUCGAAGACAUUCAAACGGAAGGCGGGAGCCGCUCUGACGGGAGUCUGUCAACACAGUCGCGCGCUUUUAUUUUCAUUUAUUACCGCUCAGAUCAAGCAUGGCGCAAUUCCUCGAGGAUCCGGCGCUGCUAACGAAAGAGAAGCUAAAGAGCGAGCUAGCGGCUAAUAGCGUGCCUCUGCCCAGCGCCGACAGCAAGAAAGACGUGUAUGUGCAGCUUUAUCUGAAGAACCUGACGGUACUCAACAAGAAGAACAUCUCUGCUCCAGCUCCAGACACUUUCUCCAGCGAUGAGGAGAUGACAGCGCCGCCGGUGUCCAACAGGAGCCGCUCGGGGAAGAAAGCAACAAGAAAGACUGACAGAUUUCGGGCAGAAGAGAAUGACAUCUCUGGUUUGACAGACGAAGAGUUGAAGGUCCAGCUUCUGAAGUAUGGAGUCCAUUCAGGACCAAUUGUUGCCUCUACACGUAAGCUGUACGAGAAGAAGCUUCAGGAGCUCCUGGAGCAUCCGCCGCUGGAGACCACCCUCCCUGAACCUGAGACCACCCUCCCUGAAGCAGUCACCAUCAAAGCAGAUGGAAACCACAACGGCACCACCGAAGAAGAACAGUACAGCGACAAAGAAGGAGUUGACGCUGUAUCAGAGCCGGUUCCCAUUGUGACUAAACUGGUCCGGAGCCGAGGAAAGACUCCAGUCACCAUCAGAACCAGCAGCAGACAGCGAGCUAAACAGCAGGUGGAGGAGACCGCAGCAGUCCGUGAGGAAUCACCUGUGGAUGGAGGAGAUAUUUUGAAGGAAAUCUUCCCUAACGAACCUGCCACUCCAACUGGAAUAACUGCCACAUGUCGGAGGCCGAUCCACGGUGCUGCUGGCCGUCCGGUGAAGCCGCUGAACCUCUGGUCCGAAGAGCCCCUUCUGCAGCAGAACACUUACACAGUCACCAAAUCCUCCGUCACAGAUGUUCGCAGCGGAGCGUUGACCGCCCGUCCCAAACCCCGCCGCUGGUUCGCAUUCUGGUUGAAGCUUCUGGUGUUCAUCACACUGGCAGCGUCGCUGUAUUACGCCUUCCAGAGCGUCUCCACUGAUCAGAUCAAUGCCUGCCAGCUCUAUGUCCAGGACAAUGUCAUCACACCCAUCGUCAAUUACAUUAGCUUGGGAAGCCCAGCCGAGGGCGAUGACGGUAAAUGAGCAGCCCGCUCCAUCAACCAGCUUCAGCAUGCAUCUACUGCCAGACUGAUUUUCUAGUGCUUUACAGAGCGAUGCGUCGGCAGGGUUCGGGGAGGGAGGGAUUCGGGUUAUUGCAGUUUGACCUGAGCGGUUACAUCUGAAUAGACUCGUGUUUCAAGUAGUCUUUAAACUAAACAUUGUGUGUUUUGAUCAUGCUUUGUGAUUUUACGGUUUUGUAGCAUUCGAGAUGAUGUAAAGAAGUGUAGUGUACGCUCAUAAUGAAUCAUUCGCCGCUCGCUCAGUGGUGUCCCUGUUCAUGAGAAGUCAAGUGCCAAGAUAUGGCCAACACGAGAGUUUGGUUUCACACACGGGGGUUGGAAGGAAAUGCCUGGAGCUGAAUGUUUGGGGAAAUGGUUUAUUUGAUAACAGAAAUGCUUUCCUGAGUAAUCAUGGUGAGGUGUUUUUUUUUUUUUUUUUUUUUUUAGCACUUCUGAAUCCGACUUAAUUAAGUGUUGCU